GGCUGGGAAGCCGCGAGGGCUGGGCGGAACUGGGGCUGUUUGGGAGCCCUCAGGUCUGCUUGGGAAGUCGCGAGCCUGUGCUAAGAAGUAGCCCUGCGAUCGCGCCGCCUAGGUUUUUCUGUUCCUUUUUUCUCCCUGUUUAUCUCCAGGCAGAGAGUAUCCCAUAGAAACAUGACCACCAAUAAGGGCCCCUUACACCCAUACUGGCCCAGGCACCUGAGGCUGGACAACUUCGUGCCUAAUGACAUCCCGACCUGGCAUAUCCUGGUGGGCCUGUUCUCCGUCUCUGGGGUCCUGAUUGUAAGCAUGUGGCAGUUGUCCCAUCGAGCGUCCGUUGUCCCCCUCGGGACUUGGCGUCGACUGACCCUGUGCUGGUUUGCUGUGUGUGCGUUCAUUCACCUUGUGAUUGAGGGCUGGUUCUCUUUCUACCAUGAGAUCCUUCUUGAAGACCAAGCCAUCUUAUCCCAGCUCUGGAAAGAGUAUUCCAAGGGAGACAGCCGAUAUAUCCUUAAUGAUGGCUUCAUCGUCUCUAUGGAGACUAUCACAGCUUGUCUCUGGGGACCACUCAGCCUGUGGGUAGUGAUUGCCUUUCUCCGCCAGCAACCCUUCCGAUUUGUCCUACAGCUUGUGGUCUCUGUGGGCCAGAUAUACGGGGAUGUGCUGUACUUCCUGACAGAGCAGCGGGAUGGAUUCCAGCAUGGGGAGCUAGGCCACCCCCUUUAUUUCUGGUUUUACUUUGUUAUCUUGAAUGGCAUAUGGCUGGUGGUACCUGGAGUCCUCGUGAUUGAUUCCAUAAGGCAUCUCACUCAUGCCCAGAGCAUGUUGGACAGCAAGGCUGUGAAAAGUAAGAGCAAGCGGAACUAAAGAGCAGUAGAGUGAGCCGGAACAGCGCUGACGAGGCGCUCUGCCUACCUCCCAGGAGACUCAAGUCCUCCUCGCAGGUUGAAGGGUCACAACUACCUGACGUGUCACACUCAGGCUGAUGAGUGGGUACAAAAAGGGCCAUAGUCCAGGAAGGUAGGGAAUGUGUGGAGCUACUGCCAGGAAAAGAUGUAAGAGAAGGUUGGGGGGUGGGGGUCCAUGAUGGUGGCAAUUUUCAAAACUGGGAAAUAAAAUAUCUUUAAUUAUAA